AUGAGGCUCUCUCACCUUGUGAUCCUCGCGCUACUCUCCUCCGCACGCGCUGCAGAGGUGACGCAGACGCAGGAUGCUGAUCCGGCUGCGGCUGCCGCAGCAGCUGCGGCGGCGAUGGAGGCGGCGGCGGCGACGGCGGGUGCCGCAGCCGCGGCUGCGGCGGAAGAGGCUGCGGCUGCGCUGGACGCGGCGGCGGCGGCCACGGCGGCGGCAGAGGCGGCGGCCGCGGCGGCGGAAGCAGCCGAGGCCGCAGUCAAGGCAGAGGCCAAGGCGGCACCUGCGCCGGCAGAGGCGGCGGCGGCGACGGCGGCUGCCAAGCAGCCACCCGCGUCAGCCUCGAAGCCUUCGCGGAAGGAGAAGGCGGCCGCGGCCAAGGCGGAGACGGCGGGAGCGGAGGCCAAGGCGGCCAAGAUGGCGGCGGCCGAGGCGGCGGCGGGGGAGGAGGAGGUUGCUGGCGCCGCGGCGGCGGCGGCGGCGGCGGCGGGAGAGGUUGGGGCUUCCGUCGACGCAGUGCUGCAGCAGAGGCUGAUCUGGCUGCACGAGACGCGGGUCGAGGCGGAGGCGGCGGCCCAGGCGGCGAUCGCCGCGCGCAAGGCGGCGGAUCGGGCGGCGGCGGCGUCGCAGGCGGACGCCGCUGCAUGGGCGCACGAGGCGGAUGCCGCCGAAGAGGCGGCGCCACCCUAG